UCCUUGGAAGAGGAUGAUGACAAUGAUGGUGAUAUGGAGGAUGACGACAUUGUUCAAACUUCCCCAAAUAUCAGCGAGUCCUCAGACAGUGAUGAUGUUAUGCCCAGACAGAAGCCACAUCACACACGGUCACUUGCAUCUGCAACAGCAGCUUUGCCUGGUCGAACUCAUAUUAGAGUUAAAGGCCCAGCUGAGGUUAUCCACAGAUAUCAAAAAGUCCUGAAAACCUUCACUCGUGUUCGCACAAUGACCGAAGCCUUCAGGAUCAAUGGUGUUGAUCGUGGAACCAUCAAGAUGACGGCACCUAUUGCAGAGCUCCACAUCGUGGACCCAGAAACCUAUAAGGGUCUGAAGUUUGAUCCUGCAAAUGAGACCCUGCUGUCUUUUGCUAAAAAAUGUGCGAGCCACAUUACUCCUGAGAAAAAGAAAAUUAUAGAGGACAAGAAAUCAAGAGGCCAACUUCUUCCCUUAAUGAUGAAGUACUAA